UUAUGAGUUCAACCUACAAAAGAGUUUAUCAAGGGGAAGGGGAGGGGGGGAUUGUGCGACCGAGGUGGCAGGACCUACGACCUCUUGACAGUUAUUGCUAUACAUUAGCUGUUCACAUACACUAUUCACACUCACGGUGGAAUACGUCGAUUCAGCCAGGAUGUUCAUCAUCCUUACACUAAUUCAGUCUACUACCGAGCUACCGGGGCAUCGCUAAAAAGUUUAUCAAGGAGGGGGUUGGGGGGGUCUUUAAUAUUUUGAGGUAUGGCCAAGUAUAUGAGUUCAACCUAAAGAAAAAGUUUAGCAAGGAGGGGAUUGU